AUGGCGCUAGCCGCAGAUCAGCGGAAGAAGAUCCUCAAGGUCUUGAUGACCUCGUUGCUGUUGGAUUUGAUAUCCUUUACUUUCAUUCUCCCGCUCUUCCCGUCCCUGCUCACCUUCUACCGCAACCAAGACCCCUCCCCGGACUCACUCUUGAAUCGCGUCUUCCACUACCUCAACGCCUACAAGAACUCGUUUGCCAAACCCAUUGACUCGCGUUAUGACAUUGUCCUUCUUGGAGGUGCCCUCGGAUCACUGUUCUCGUUGCUUCAGGCCAUCGCCGCCCCCUUUAUCGGCCGCCUCUCCGACAAACAUGGCCGCAGGACUGCUCUGCUCUACUCGAUGCUGGGCAACACUCUUAGCGUUGCCCUCUGGGUCGCUGCGACCGAUUUCCGCACCUUCCUGGCCAGUCGCGUCGUCGGUGGCCUGAGCGAGGGCAAUGUACAGCUCGCCCACGCCAUCGCCACGGACAUCAGCGAUCCGAGUCAACGCGGCUCCACCAUGGCUCUGGUGGGUGCCUGCUUCAGCAUUGCGUUUACCUUUGGUCCGGCCCUGGGAGCGGCCCUUUCGAACAUCACAACGGUGGCCGCAAACCCGUUCGCAACGGCGGCGGGCGUGUCUCUCCUCUUGAUCGUCGUCGAGACUACCUACCUGUACCUGUGUCUUCCCGAGACACAUCCUCGUCUCACCAAACUCAGCCACGCGACCUCUUCCCCAGCCGGAGCCACCGCCACGCCGUCAGACAGUGCGACCCAAUCAUCCUCCCCGCGCAAGCAUACAAACAAGCCGGCCAUUCUGAACGCCAUCCAUUUCCUCUUCCUUCUCCCCUUCUCGGGCAUGGAGUUCUCCCUGCCGUUCCUGACCGCCACCUUCUACGCCGCAGGCUCCGGCAGCCCGUCUGCCCUGAACGGUCGCCUCCUGUCCAUGAUGGGGCUCAUCGCCUCGCUGCUCCAAGGCACCGUCGUGCGGCGACUGCCCCCGCUGGCAAUCGUGCGUACCGGCGUGGUCGCCUGCACUAUCUCGUUCUUCCUCCUUGCACAUGUCUCGACUCUGGCAGGAUUGUACGGGGCCGGUAGCUUGCUGGCCGUCACCAGUGCCACGGUGGUCACCGGUCUGAACAGCCUGGGCAGUCUGGAGGCCCAGGAGGGAGAGCGCGGAGCCGUGCUGGGCCGGCUGAGAAGCUGGGGACAGGUCGGUCGCGCUGCGGGCCCGGUGCUCUUCUGCUCGCUGUUCUGGUGGGUUGGGCGGGAGAUCGUCUACACCGCCGGAGGAUUCGUCAUGGCGGUUGUCUGCGUGGCGGUGUUCACUACGCUUAAAUCGCCGCCCGUCGGACCGGUCGCCCCUGCUCAGAAGAAGAAGGCUUAA